AGUACUAAGAAAAAUUCACUUUUUAGUCAUAGGCUAUAGUCUUAGCAAGUUGCCACUUUAUAAGCUAUCAAGCGAUCGAUAUCCUGAUUAGGCAUUCAAUUGAGUACUUCAUACAGCAACUUGUAAUGACCAAUGUUAAUCUACCUGUGAGACCGACCGAAUCUCGUGUAGGAAGGUCUAACCAACGAUAUAAUUCGGAAACUGGAGCUCGAAUGGUUGCUGGUUGUAUCUGUCUUAAUGAGACAAAGGAUAAAGUUAUUAUGAUAUCUUCAUCUUCAAAGACUGAUAAGUGGGUAUUACCCAAAGGAGGAAUUGAAUUAGAUGAAACUGACGAUUUUGUAGUUACAGCCGUUAGAGAAACUUGGGAAGAAUCAGGUGUUGAAGGCAGAAUUACUGAAAAAUUACCGGUAGUAUAUGAUGCAAGAGGUAAAUCGGCACCAGUAUUAAAGGGAGAAUUUGAUCCUAAAGUUCAAAUACCAAAGACAGAAUAUCAUUUCUAUGAAUUAAUAGUGGAUGAAUUAAGUCAAACAUGGCCAGAAAGUAAUUCACGACAACGAAGAUGGUGUACUUAUUCUGAAGCAAAGCACGAACUACUUAAAGCAAAGCGAUCGGAAUUGGUCAAUGUUUUAAAUAGUUCAAGCAUUAUUAAAGACGCACCUAAUGACAAUAUUGACGAAUAUUAAAAAGCAUGUUAUAAUUACAUAUAUAUA